UCCCUGUAGUGUUUUGCUUCUGGUGUCCAUGAAUCUGUUUGGGCCAUUUCUCACUGCUCCACUUCGUCCUGGCGCUCAGCAGUCCCCGUUUAACACCCUCUGGAAUAGCGAUAAUGGCACAUGGAUCACAAUUAAAUGUCCUCGAAAUCAACAACUCUCCAAUCAACGUUGAGCACGAUAAGAAAAGACGCCAGUUUGUGAUCAGACUGAAUGGGUCCCACGACCGCGCCGUGCUGCUGUACGAGUACGUGGGGAAGAAGACGGUGGACCUGCAGCACACGGAGGUCCCCGACGCGUACCGAGGCCGCGGCAUCGCCAAGCACCUGGCGAAGGCCGCCAUGGACUUCGUGGUGGAGGAGGACCUGAAGGCUCACCUGACCUGCUGGUACAUCCAGAAGUACGUCAAGGAGAACCCACAGCCACGCUACUUUGAGCACAUCUACCAGUGAGCUGGUGGAGGAGGAGGGGGGGGGGGGUGGAGGAGGGGUUACUCUGGGUGGAGGAGGAGGACCAGAGCACACACCCCCGCAUGGACGGAGAGAGGGAGAGAACGAGAGAGACAUCUUCUCCUCAUACUUUGGGGGGGGUGGAUGUCCACAUCACAAGGUCUUCAAGCCCCUGGUUAACGAGACAUUAUGUAACUUAAUGAACACCGAGGGGCUUCGGCAGCCCGUAUCGAGGAGCCGAUCUGCGGGCCUCCGGCAGGGACGGCUGGGAGAUGAGUGAGUGAUUCACUCGCCAUGACUCACCAGAACACAAGCAGCCGACGGAGCUACUCUUCCCCAGCCAGGAGGAGCCUCUUCAGGGUACAGGCCAGCGGCAGCACCUGCAUGUCUUUGUUUGUUGAGUCCUCUUGACCCAGGAGUGGAGGAGGUCAACACGAGGGGAACUCUGUUCUAGGUUGUGGCGCUUCGAGGUUAGCUAGCCUCACGCUACUGCUUUUUAUUUAGCGUUUAUCUUUCACCCUGAAGCUUUGUCGUGACAUGGGAUACUUUAGUCUGUCAAACUGAAGGGUUCGAUCAGUGCUACGUGUGGAGAAGUGAAAA